CGGCCACGCGUCCGUCCAGAGUUCAUCAAAAAAUCGAAUGUUCCUCUUGCGAGACAGAGAUGCCAAAUUUGUACUACGCGUGUAAUAAUGUUGAUAAGUGAUGAGAAUAAUCGCAAAAACAGUCGCAAACAGUGCUAUUUCGGAUGAUUGUGCGAGGUAAGUUCUUAUCAUCGGAAGAAAGGCAGAGCCAAAACAAAAAGACACCCGCUUCCGAAGAACCACCCAGACAGCGAUCGUACUUCCGAGUGAGUAGUCGAAGUUUUCAGUGAGCGCGUUAAAACGGAUCGAAUGCAUUCUAGCGACGAGGUGCCAGUUGGAAAAUCAUUCUGUUUAUCGUUUCAUAACAUAUCCUGCACCGGUCGGAAGGAAGAUGGAUCAAUCAACAAUAUUCUCAGUAACGUAUCUGGUUCCUUUGAGUCCGGUCGGAUGGCCUGCAUUCUAGGCCCCUCAGGUGCAGGAAAAUCGAGUUUGCUCAACAUUCUCAGUGGUUAUAGAAAAUCGGGUGUGUCUGGGAAGCUGCGGUUAGAUGGGACGAUUCUAUCCGGCAGACAAAUGCGUAAGCUGAUCUCAUACACUCCGCAAGAGGCAAGCCUCUGGCACAAUCUCACCGUACAGGAGAGUAUAGCUUUUGCAGCGGAUUUCAAACUGUCACCCACAAUCCCCAAGGAAACCAAAGAUGAAAACAAUCAAGAACUGUUGGAUAUAUUGGGUCUCGAGAAGUGUGCCAACACAUUGGUGAAGAAUCUUUCUGGAGGCGAAACAAAACGUCUCGCGAUCGGUGUCGAGCUUGUGUCUGACCCCAAAGUGAUGCUACUGGAUGAGCCAACUAGCGGGCUGGACACUGUUGCCUCUUAUCAAGUAUUGAGUUAUGUUCAAAGUUUAACCACGCUUCAAAACAGAGCCAUAAUUAGCAUCAUCCAUCAACCUAAUUCGAACAUGCUGAAGCUGUUUGAUGAUGUGUUGGUUCUAUCAAAAGGCCGUGGUUUGUAUUGUGGUCCUCUGCCGGAAAUGGUUGAUGUUUUUGCGGUAGCCGGAUUAGAGUGUCCUGUAUCGCACAGUCCAGCAGACUUCGCUUUAGAAGUUGCCUGUUUGGAUCACGAGGACGGAAGGAUUCAGGAGCUGUUAGCCGGGGAGACUGUACGUUCACGUAAGGUUUCAGCGUUACAUACUCUAUCAGAGGACCCAGAAGGUAGAGAGAGAUAUAUGCUGAGUACUGGACAACAAAUUGCGCUGCUACUGAAGAGAACUAUGCGUUGCACUUUACGGGAUACGUACAACGUGAAGGCUCGAACAGUUAUUAGUAUUCUCAUCGCUACUCUAACUGGGAUCGCAUUCUAUGAUACGGGCAAUAACGUGGCCAAAAUUAUCUCAAAUACGUCAGUGCUGAUGAUUGUUGUUUACAGUGUAUUUUUUACCUGCGCGUUUUCAGCGAUCCUCACAUUUCCUUUGGAAUCUGCUGUUUUCAUUCGAGAGCACAAAAACAAUUGGUACGCACUGACGCCAUACUACAUAUCCAAGUUGUUAAUCGAGAUUCCUGCCUUGAUCUUCUCAACUACAGCUUCCUUUUUCAUCAUGUACUUCCUCACUGGACAACUACUGGAGUUGCACCGGAUGCUGGCCCUCUGGAUCAUCUCACUGCUGUCCGGUUGGGUCGCAUUGCUGCUAGGGCUUCUACUGGGCAAUAUGUUUCCAAUGCAGACGGCCGUAUUUCUCACGGUAAUGAUCGUAAUUCCAUGCAGUUUGUUUUCGGGCUUCUUCGUUACACUGAAGGACAUGCCGCUGUAUCUGAAGCCGUUAACCUUUAUGUCGUUUGUACGCUACAGUGUGGAAGGAGCCGUUAACGCCAUCUACGGGUUCGGGCGGAAGGAGAUGGAGUGCCGUGAUAUAUUCUGCUAUUUUACUCUGCGCAAAUUUCUAGCACUGCUCGGAAUGCCAGAGAUAGAGUGGCUUUACGACAUGCUAGGUUUGGUUGUUUGGAGUGUGAUUUUACACUUUGCGCUGUACUGGAGCUUGUUCAAGCGCACAAAACGAGAUGUUUAACUGGUUUAAUCAUCAUUAUUCAUAUAGUUGCUGAAUAAUUUAGUAUGUUAAUAAUUUUGCCAUGUACGUAUACAAAAAUGAAUAAUAAAAAAUAGCUUUUUUGCUUGUUUUGUUUUAUCGUU